AUGUCUCCCACUCCUAUUCCCGCGCCCAUUCCCACUCCCAUCCUAACGCCCCAUCAGCAGGCGGCCUUGCAACGCCGUCAAGAGCUGAAUGUGGUCAAACAGCAGCUGGUCUGCAUCGUUGUCGCCAUCUCGACCCUGUUCGCCCUUUGCCCAGUAUGGCUGCAGUUGUAUAGAAAUGCCUGUGUUAUCGCCCUUUUGGGCUAUCUUACCUCGGUCACGUUCGAUUUGAUGAUCAACUUGAACGAAAAAUGGGACAAUGCACCAGCGGUGGUGAAAUAUUUUGUUCCCGUUCGAUUGCCCGAUAUCAAGCCUCCGUCUGAGACGAUGAAGGGCUUGAUAGCGAAGCGGGUUGAUAUUUCGGGCGAGAAAUUGCGAUAUUUCUUUGCGCGCGUGAGAUCCAUUCUGCGUGCCACGUUCGACUGGCUGUUUUCUUCAAUGGGUCAAGGUCCAUCUGAGAGCAGUUCGCCAGGAUCUCAAACCAAGACUCCCAAGGCGAAACCAAAACGAGAUCACUGGGUAGCAGUCCUGGUCGCAACACCGACGCCUCAGGAACAAGAGCCGGAGCAAGAACCGAAUCCCUUUUCCUUUGACACGGAUACUCCUAUCGCUACCACCGAAAUCCAGGAACUCAUUUCCUGGGACAGCACUGAGGUAUCAUCGAACCUAUCUAUCAUCGAAUCGUCAACCUUCAAGGUUGAGGUAGCCGUCUGUCUUAUUCCCAAGAGCGUGUGGUAUUCUCGCAAGACUCUUCUUGAGAAAUUUACAACUGGACUCUACUGGAGCCAUCGUCCGGGUCACUCGCAUUGUCAAGGAGAGCAAUGGGAUGAGGAGAAGAUUAAGAAUAUCUCAAGAGUCCAGUUCAUUGGCAAAGUGGAUGACCACAAGGAAAUCAACAAGGUCAACGAACGUGGGUUACGAGAAUUCGUGAAUCUUGAACGUUUCACUGACAAUGAAUAUGCAGGCUUCGACGGUCUUCGAAAAGGAUGGCAUGAUGCCAACACAUACUGGAGCGACGUCGACUAUGCCAUUAUUUUUGCCUUCCUUCUUGUUGGCCCAUCUUCAGCGGACAUCUGCAAGAAGAUGUUCGAACACUUCGCCAAACUUCGAAUUGAGCAUGCCCAGCGUAAUAACGACUUGAACCGUUCACGAGCUGGCGCCGCUAUCCUGACGUUGUUGACAGGUGGAUUGGCAGCUCCACUUACGAUACCGAUGAUGAUGGGAGCUGGAGACGCCGCAAUGACGAUGUCAGCAAACGACAGUUAUCUGUGGGGAGAAAGGAUGAACAUGUGCAAGGAACUUUUAGAACGAUACGCAGAAUUGGCUGCGAUUAUUGAGCUCAAGGCCCCGGAAGUCGCUCCACCAAAGGCUUUAUUCCCACCACCCCCGACUAUCGAGCAAAGCUGGUUUUCCGACGACACUUGGUAG